AUGAAUGAAAAUAAAGAUCUUGUUACUUCACUUCCACCUAUUAAAUUGUGUGAAUCUAAUAGGCCCUUAGAACCUAAUAAUAUCCCUUAUAUAAUUGACUUUUGGCAUUUACCUCAUUUUCAUGUUUCUAAUGUAUUUAUACCUAUCCUGCAAAAAUCUGUCAGUAAGAAAACACGUUGGUCUAAGGGAUAUGAAAUAGCAAAGAAAGUACUAAAUCUGAUGAUACAGCUUAAUUGUGAUGACGAGUUCUUUAAUAUUAUGGAGAAAUUUAUUUCAACUA